GUGCAGCUGGUUAUAAAUUAGAUUCACAUGAUGAGCCAGAGAGCAGAUGCACUGAAGAAAAAAGCAGCACACUGCGUGUUUAAAGAAACUAUACUUCCUCUUUUAAGUGUGAAGGUCCUCCGGUUCGUUAAAAACGGGUACACUUUCUUCCUGGGACAAAAUAACCCUGCUGAUUCUUCUGUAACAAGGCUCCACCUUGUUCCAUUUAAUCAUGCACUAGCACCUAAGACUCUGUUUGACACAGUUUUGGUUUCACUGUGCACGAUGCAGGUUUUCUGUGUGGUGUCGCUUUUGGCCUCUCUGGUCCUCGGCCACUCUUCGUCUGCUUUAAAUAAGAUGUGGGAAGAGUGGAAAAUCAAACAUCAAAAGGUUUAUGAUAAUCAGACAGAGAUCGACUUUAGGAGAGCCGUAUGGCAGAAGAACAUGGACUUAGUGCUAAGACACAACCAGGAGGCCUCAGCAGGAAAACACAGCUUCGCUUUGGGACUGAACCACCUGGCUGACAUGACAGCUGAGGAGAUCAAUGAGAAACUGAACGGCUUGAAGGUGGAGGAGACUGUUAAUAUCAAAAAUGACACUCUUAAGUAUGUGAGUGGCUUGUCGAUACCUCAGAGUGUGGACUGGAGGAAGAGCGGCCUGGUCAGUCCCAUCCGAAAUCAGGGUUUAUGUGGGUCCUGCUGGGCCUUCAGCUCUUUGGGAGCUCUUGAGGGGCAGAUGAAGAAGCGAACAGGCGUCCUCAUUCCCCUGAGUCCACAGAACCUGGUAGACUGCAGCACCAUGGAUGGAAACCACGGCUGCAGAGGAGGAUAUAUCUCUAAGGCCUUCAGCUACGUCAUCCGCAACAGAGGUGUCGACUCAGAGAGCUCUUACCCCUACGAACACCAGAACGGGAAAUGUCGCUAUUCCUUCAAAGGAAAGGCCGGAUACUGCUCUAGUUUUCACAUCCUUCCACGAGGCGAUGAGAGGGCUCUGCAGGCUAUAGUGGCAUCAGUAGGACCUGUCGCUGUGGCCGUGAACGCCAUGCUGCCAUCUUUCCAUCUCUACAGAGGGGGUUUGUACAACGUCCCCAGCUGCAACCCAAGGUUUAUAAAUCACGCUGUCCUAGUUGUGGGUUAUGGCACAGACAGAGGACAAGACUACUGGCUCGUGAAAAACAGCUGGGGCACUGCAUGGGGAGAGGAAGGCUUCAUUCGUCUUGCGAGGAACAAGAAUAAUCUCUGUGGCAUUGCCAGCUUUGCAGUCUACCCAACACUGUGAAAAUGGGACCCACCAUCUGAAUCAUUAUUUGAUUCACUAUCAGAGAUCAGACGUUUGUGGUUUUUAUCUUUAACACUGAAGGUUCAGAUGCUGUCCUGAAUGUAAAAAAAAAAAGGAUUUAAAAAGUCAAGUUCACAAAAUUAUUUACCGGUAAUCCGCUUUGUAAUUUAAUACAUCUAAUAAGGUUUUCACUGUAUUGUAUGUAUAUUUGGUGUGUUAAUUUAAAUAUUAAUAUUUUACAGUGUUUUAAAAUGCAGUUUUUAAUAAACCUCUUGAAGAUAAUGGAAGAAA